ACGUCAUGUGACUAUCAUGUGACUAAUAUGUUUUUGGUCGGUUUUAACAGAAACAUUUCGGCUAUUUUCUGCGAACCAAACUGCGUGAAUGGACAAUAUGGGAAUCAUACAAACAUUCAUAUCAAUACUUCUGCUUUCUCCUCAGAUCACCAUGUGGACAGACUACCAGACAGUAAAUGUCCUGGCCUACACACGGAUGACAGAGAAUGGCUCCGUAGACCAGGCGGUGGUUGUUUUGGUGAAUGAUGCCCCGUUCGCAUAUUUCGACCAGGCAAAUAAAACCUUUAUCUUGCGUCCCAGUGCAAGCGCCGGCUUCUCCGUCUUAGAGAGCAGCGAUCAGUCGUUCUGCAUGUACGAGGUGCUAGCGGGAUUUAACCGACAAACCGAUUACCUGGAGAAAUUCAAACAACAAACUAAUUCAUCAAAAGCGCUUUUGGUACCUCCUUCAGUCAAUGUGUAUACUGAGUUUCCUCAACAGCAAGGAAAAGUAAACGUCCUUUAUUGCCUCGCCACUGGGUUUUACCCUGCCGACAUUGAAAUAAACUUUUAUCUAAAUGGGCAGAGGUCCACCGCGAAAGCAGAGACCUCUGACUUAAUGUACGGGGAAGACUGGAGCUUCAGAGUGUACAAGUAUAUGAACAUCACCCCACAGCGUGGAGACAAGUAUGCAUGCGAAGUGAGACACAGCAGUAUGGCUGAACCUAAAAUGGCAGAGUGGAGGCCUGAAUUUUCAGCGUCCACAUCCCAUCUGUACUGGAUCUGUGCGCUACUUCUCGGCAUGCUGUUGGGAAUCACGGUAUCUGUCCUGAUUGUAAGAAGAAAACAAGUAUAAUGGGGGAAAACCGAACUGCAUGUUCAUCUGAGCAAAGUACAGAACUCAUUUAAGUAGAUGCAAUUUCUGUAAAUCCAUAUUUGCCAUUUUUAUACCUGGUUUCACAGGCAAGACUGUAGUCCCAGGCAAAAAAUAAAAUAAAAAUACAUGUUUGAGUCGUUUUAGCUGAAACCAACAUACACUGACAUAUCUUAAAAUACGUCAGUGCCACGGAUUUAUAAGGCGUAUUAAAAACAAUCAAAUAAACAAAACUAAUCUAAUCUAGGGACCAUAGGUGGCAUUUUUUAACUAAAUAUCUACAAAUGUACUUUUUCCCCAACUUAAUACAUUAUUGAACAAAAACCAAUCAAAUAAACAAAAAUAAGCUAAUCUAAACCCUGUCUGUAAAACCAGGUUUUUGUGUUUUUUGGUUACUUUAAAAUAACCUACUGUCAUAUUUAUAUGAACUGCCUGCUCCAGAAAAAUAAAUGCAUAAACGAUAAAUAAACAAA